AUAAGUAUAUGUUAACAUUUCAUUUAUAUUAUGACGGUCUCUAUUAUAAUAUCAACACAGGAAGGAACCACAGCCUUGUUCGGGUCAUAAUGUUAUGACAUAUACAUACACACUUUCUAUUAUGAUGGUCUCUUUUGUAACACAGGAGGGAAGCACAGCCUUGCUCGCUGCAGGAUGGAAAGGUCACUCAGAGGUGGUGAAACUACUGCUAGGAGCUGGGGCCAGAGACAUUCCUAAUAAGGAUGGAAACACUGCUCUGAGUAUGGCCAGAGCCAACAACCACAAUGAUGUGGUACAGUAUCUACUGCAACACCAGCCAAAGUGAAAAGUAGACACUCUAGCACUGUUACAAGCACAUACGUAGUUAUUACACUGCAUAUCUUUUACAUAAGAAAAUUGACUCUUUAUAAUUCUUGUUUAGGCUGCUUAAAAUACUAUGUAUGUAGAUGCAAUGUAUUUCAUCACCCUUCUACUG